AUGUCCAUUGUGAGGGAGGCGGGCUGGUGCUGGCCCCCGGCGGCGCCGCCGCUGUUGCAGUUGGUGAAGUGGCCGGAUGCUCCAUCGGAGGUGGAGGCGGCGGAGGAGGAUGACAGGGAAAUGUACUGUGGGUGGGCUCGGAAGGAAGGAAGGACAGGGAGGUCGCCGGAGUAGUUGCCGGAGAGCAUCUCCAUGACCCAUUUCAUGGUGGGCCGGGAAGUCGGGUCAUGGAGGGUACAGAGCAGGCCGAGGUGGAUGAGCCGCUCCAUCUCCGCCGGCGAGAAGGAGCCCUCCGGCAGCCUCCUGUCGCUGGCGGCGAGGCAUCUCCCGUCGUCAGCGAGGCGGCGGACCCAGUCGAGGAGGAUGAUCUCCUCGUCGGAUACGGAUAGGUCCACGGCUCGUCGGCCGGCGGCGACCUCCAGCACGACGACGCCGAAGCUGAAGACGUCAGAUUUAGCCGUCACCGCCUGCGGCGGCUGGCUUUGGAAGCCCUCCGGCGGGAGGUACCCGAUGGUGCCGCUGGUCCUGCUCGUCUCCGUCAGCCGGAACUGCUUAUUGCCGAUGGCGGAGGGGCCAGGGGCGGUGCCGGCGCCGUCGGCGUCGUUGUCGUGCUCGCGCCACCGGGCGAGGCCGAAGUCCCCGAGACGGGCGCGGAAGGCGGAGUCGAGGAGGACGUUGCUGGACUUGACGUCACGGUGGAUGAUCUGCGUGUCGAGCUGGUCGUGGAGGUAGAAGAGCGCCGCCGCGAGGUCCUGGAGGACUCGCCGGCGACGGGGCCAUACGAGCGGCGGCGCCGCCGUGCGCGGCGGGGAGAAGAGGAGGCGAUCGAGGCUGCCGUUGGGCAUGUAGUCGUAGACGAGGAGAAGCUGGGAGUCAUGGUUGCACCAGCCGCGGAGGCGGACGAGGUUGCGGUGGCGGAGCUGCGCCACCGCCGCCAGCUCCGCCGCGAAGGUCUUCUCGGAGUGGUCGCCGGAGGAGGCCACGCGCUUCACGGCGGCGAGGCUGCCGUCGCUGGGCAGCACAGUGCGGUACACGCGGCCGUAGCCGCCGCUGCCAAGCAGCUCCCUCUCGCUGAACCCGUUGGAGCCCACGUAGAGUUCGGCGUAGCUGAACACCCGGGGGUUGCCGGCGGCGGCAGCGCCGUCCGUCCCCCCAGCAGCGGCGGCAACGGCGACCCCCGCCGUGUCAAAGAACUGCGGCAAGUCCUGGAGGGGCAACUCGCAGCAGCUGAAUUGGGGGAGCCAUGGGCGGCGGACCGAUGCGGCGCGGCGGUAGUGGUGCUUCGUGACCUCGUCGGCGUCGGAGGAGAAGACUUGACGGAGACGUCGCAGCUUCAUGACGGCGGCGGCGCGGGGGGAGGGGAUCUCAGGGAGAGGACCAGUCCCUUGCCGGAGAAGGAGAAGACGAGGAUGAAAAUGGAGACGGCUGCCGUGAAUGAGCCGGCGUUCCCCCUCCCCCCUCCGGAUCUCCCCUUCGUCUGUCCAUCUCAACCUUCAGAAUAUUCCGGUCUCGCCGGCGGCCGCCAGAUGGGGAAGAGACAUAAGGCGCGACCCAGCGAGCGAACCAGAGACGUCUCCUUUCCUUGACCGCCCCUCCUCCAUCUUCUGCUUCUUAUUCUUCUUCCGGUCUCUAUCGGUUCCUGGUUGGUGGGGGAGGAGAGACAAGCGCGGCGUUUGUUGUUAUCUUGGGGACUCGUUCUCCCUUCUCCAGCUUCACCGACGAGGAGCUGCCCAUGUUUUCCGCCAACACCAUGCAAGAAUCCAAGAACGCUGCGAUCAGAUGGGCCACCCUCGAUAUUUUUUUUUGUCCCUAUUAUUUAUUAAUUUAUUAUUCAAUGCCCAGUCUGCAUAUGCUCCUCGUGCCCUAUCGGCGUGCGUACUGAUUUUACAAAAAAGUACCUGUAAAAUGAGAAGACCGAACCCAGUAUUGGUUUAGAGAUGAGUACGCAAGAAUCAGAGGAAUAAAUGGUUUGAUACAAGGUUAAAGCUUCCUUCACUCGUUGCAUAUCAUUAAUUAAUUAAUUUCGAGGGUUUUCUGUGUUAGAUUUUGAAGAAUGGAGUGAUAUGGAUGAUUGCAUGCACGCACACUUGUCAGCAAGCCAUAUUUGUAUUGGUCUGAGUUUAUCCAUCACACAUGGGCCAUGCAUGCGAUGAUAUGACAACCUUUCGGAUGUCCCAUAUAUAUAUUUUUUAUAGUUUUAUAAUUUUUUUGGUUCAGAUUGCUGCCUAUAUUUAAUUAAAAAUGGGAAUCAGUGGGAUGGGCAUGUGGAUAAGUUCUCGAAAUUAUGCGGUAUUUUUAUUUUCACAACUUUAAAAUAGUUAAUAGUAAAAAGGGUAUUCUUGGUUUAAUUUUAUCUUUAUCAACUAACAUUAUUACUUUAUCACUCAUUGUCCAAAUGAUAAGCAAUGAACUAUAAUCGACAAGGAAUUUGCCCAACACCUGCUUAUGGGGAGGGAGGGAGGGAGAGAGGGAGAGAGGAAGAGAGAGAGUCAGUUUGCCUAUCCACGUCAGAAGGAUGAGAGCUUAGCUAUGAGCUCCCCAAGAGUCACUUUGGCAUCGUCUUCUCUUCCAAUCAGCCUGCAAUUGGAUAGGCAUCUGUUAAUUGAUCGGAUAAUGAUUAAAAAUAGGAAUUAUGGCCUCCCAAAACCAGAUUAUGAGACAGUAGCGAUCUACAAAAAUGACAUGCUCACUAGUUAUAGUUUGGGCAUUCACAUGGUACUGGUCAUCUAUUUAUUGGGUCUCGAGUGUUGAAUGGAGUACUUCUCUCUACAUAAAACGGGAAAGGGAGAGAGAGAGAGAGAGAGAGAGAGAGAGAGAGAGAGAGAGAGAGAGAGAGAGAAGGAUAAGAAGUGAGAGGAAUGAAAGUAAGAUAGAGUGAGACGGAAGAUGAACAAGGAAGGAAGAAGGGCAAAUCAGCAGCCACCGAAUUCGGGGGAGAAUAUUAGAGCCCUCGUUGAACAGGAUCUAACCAAUAGAGACAGCAUCAACCCAUAUCACCUUGUAAGCCUCCCUCCAACCCUCUUCCAUCAAAAAAUGUUGGAAUCAGGAUGAGCAAAAUAUGGAAUUAAUUAUGAGCCAAAAAUAGGAAAUGGGGCAAGCCAAAAGGAGAAUAAUUUGGGUCUUUGCUGAUUGAUUCGGGGGAAUGUUUGGAAAUCGCAAGGAGGGUUCAAGAAUGAACUGAAAAUAAUCUGAUAAUCGAAAAAAUGUUGGAAUCAGGAGGGAAAAUCCUAUAAGUAGAACAGAAGGGAAAAAUAUUGUGAUUCUAUAGCUGAAUAAAAGCUGUAGAAAUCAUCCCAAGGGGCUCAUGAUUGGGCAGUAUCAUGUUUAUUUAAAAAUUAUACUUGAUUCUUGUCCUGCAUAUGUAGCGUCAAAUUAUUAUUUUUUAAAUCAUGUCAACAAGCAGAUGUUCAUGUUUAGAGAUUGUCUAUACGCCAUUAUUUCACCACAUAGAAAAAUCAGCUACUGUUUCCCAAAUGGAGGGAAAGUUGACCUAACUGGGAGAAUUCCCUUCUGCAAGGGUGCAACUCUCAUAUUUUUUUUGAAAAAAAUCUUCAUUUUAACAGAUGCAUAAACAAACUUAAUGGCUCUCGAGAUCACUUAGAUAUCUUUGCAUUAGAUCAUGACUGAGAAAUGUUAUAUGAUAUCAUUUUCAUCACUCAUUACCAAUGAUCCCAGCUUUCAUAUUCCUGACAGCUUGCUUAUUUUAGGAUCUGUUGAUGGACUACAGUGAACAAUUUUUUAGUAUUCGAUUUGCAGUAUGAUAGAUUCCAUGAUGUAGUUCAAUAAAACACCAGAAAAAGAAUCUUGGGAUUAUAUUCACGUUUUUAUGGGUUUGAUCCCUGAAAAGGCAUCCAUUAUACACUAUCACCUUAUUUGGAACAGAUUAUGAAGUCAAUGGCAUUAAAGUUUCAAUUCAGAAAAGACAGCCAAAUAAUUUAGACAUUUUGCAACCCAAAAUACGAUUCUUAGAUGGGUGUUUAAGGUUAUCAUAUCAACAAGAUGCUUCAUAUUCACAUAUCAUAUCAGUUUUUGACCAAUUAACAACUUCCUGGGUAUGCCAUGUCCCUCCUUACAAGAAGGUAUCAAGCAACUGUCCCCAAAAUUACCAUACUUAAGGCAGUGCAGAAGAGGGCUGAAAUGACCAAAAUAUAGAAUGUUGCAUAGUACAACUACGAAAUAUUGACCACUAAUAGUAAUAUAUGAAAACUGAAUAAAUUACUGCAAAUCAUAAGAUGGGCAAAAAAAUCCAGGUAAAUUUUAAUGUCAAACCUUGGACGUUGGUGAAUCUGAUGACACCUGGCUUAUUGGUUUUCCAGGUCUAGCAAGUUUCCUGAUUGCACAUAGUUGAGAGACAAUUUCCUCCAACAAUUUUAACUGGCAAUUCUCUUUCUCCUUAUGCUCAGACAAGUUUAGCUUCUCCCUUCCAUCUUGGAUAAUCCUUAGCCUGUCUCUCAGAAACUCAACUUCAGCUUCUAGUUUAGAUCUCUCCCUGUCAACCGCAGACAUUGAAUUCCUCCUUAAAUUGGAAAGUGAGAAGCUGUCACAUGACAUGUUUACCGGCAGAAGUGCUCUUCUCGAGCCUGAGAUGCUCCUACGAACAUUUCGGUCAGCUUCCAAACAGGUGCUACCCGAGUACCUUCUUGUUAGGUCAACCUUCCUACCUCCAUCAGGUUUAGAAAAAGCAUCACAAAUUGAGUUAUCAGAUCCCCUAGCGACCUGAGAAAAGCAAUUUGCAUGCCUAUUUCCAGCUAUAUUCAUCUCCUCGUCAGUAAUAUGGACAUCAAGAACAGCCGGUUCAGACUCCAAAUGAGCAUCACAAAUGUUGAACCCUCUUCCAUCUCCAUCGAGUUGAUUAUCCUGACCUGCUUCAUCACGAGGGAGCCAGCCGGAACCAUCAAAAUCAGUCUUCUCAACUUUAUUAAGAGAAACAUGAGCUUCAUUAUGAGAAAUAUCUUCUGAAGUGUCCAACGGAUGCGAACCAAAUGCUUGGCUCUGCCAGGACGCGCACAGAUCACCAGCUAAUAUGCCCUUCUCCUGAGCAUCCGUAGGCAAUUCGAGAGAAGCCCCUGAUUUUUUUUGCCCAUGAAUCUCGGAGGAAUGAGAGAGCGUGUCAUAACAAGGACUCAGACAGCAGAUAUCCUCAACCAGAGCCCCAGAAGGUUGUUCAUCACCAGUUCUACUACAUUUUCCCUCUUCAUCCCUGGCUAAAGGAGUAAUAUACCGAUUUCCACUGCCAUGUGUGACGCAGUCCGGAGGCCCACCAUCAUUUUCAGUGAGAUUUGCAGUGUGAAGGAGGUUGCCCAGGUGGCCAGAGUCACUGUCUACCAUUCUGCCCUCUGUUGCAAACUUAGAAUCCUGUGGUAUUUCUGUGUCCCUGUCAAACUCAAAAGAAUAAUUUAGCCUUACUCCUGUCAUUUUGAUUACAUCAUGAAGCUCAUCUGAAGGCUGUUGUUGGCUCCCAUCUCCAGAGAGUAUCAUCUGCCUGUACAGCUCGACUUCUUUCUCUAGGACAUGGUUUUCUCUUUCCCUCCUCACAAUGAUCUCUUUAAGAAUGUUCAUCUCUUCUUCGUCAUAAGCAGUUCUUUCCUCUACAAUCCUCUCGUAUUGCCGAGCUUCCAUCUCUAUUGAUGCCUUUUCCUUUUGGAGCCGCAGUAUCAUGGCCAUGGCCUCAUCUGCCGCAGUGGCAGCGGCACUCCUUUCCUUCUCCAACUCGAGAUACAGAGAAGAACGAGCAACUUGCUCUUCUUCUAGCGCCUGCUCCAAGAUUCUGAUAGCACUGAUACCACCUUCUUUGCAUCUAUUCUCUGCAAGAACCCCACUUACUGAGUCAUUUUCUGUGGCCCCACAUCUGGUCAGCUGCUUGAUUGAUCCCACACUAAGAGCAUCUACCUCGCCUCUAGCAGAGGACUCGAUCUUUCCUGAAAGGUCAGAAUUGUUCAUGUCAUGGAUAGAACUCAAAACAGCUAAAAUCUAAAUAUAGAUAAUGAACGAUUGAUAAAAAACAAAAGGAAAAAAAUUAACACUCAGAUGCUGAACUCAGAGAUUUCACAGUUUCCUCAGCCAUGGUACCUGGAGAAUGCCGAGGCCCUUGGCAAGAUGACAGCGACUCGGAGGGCGAGUCACAGGGCUUUGACUUCCUUGGCUCUGCAGCAACAUUGCAGCGCCGCCGCCUCAGUUCUGGCAGUGAGUGCAGAUUAACUAUACCACUUCUCCUAAUAACCGAAGCACCAUGGAGAAGCCCGUCUCCUUUAUCCACUGACGGAGAAUCGCCAUAGCUUAGUCGGUGCCCAUUGACAUUGUUCCAGUUGGAGACGGAGGCCUCCUCUCCAGCCGUCUCGAGAACCUCGUCAUUCUGGGCUUCAUCCCUACACACAUCAAAAUGACAGGAGGUGCCUUCUUCCAGGGGCCAAGCAGGGCUAAAGGGAAAUCGUCUCCGUAGAGACAUCUGAACAUGUGAGAUCUUCCGGGGUGGAUAGAGAGCAAGCAUCUCCUGAAGGCACUGCUCAUCGGGGCGCCCAAAGAGCCCCUGGCAGGGGCAUGGGAGGCGUUGGCCGAAGAGCUCCAGGAGUUUCGUCGUAAGGAAGGCCACUGUGGCCCCGCAGAGCAUGAACCACGCCAAUGCCAGAUCCAGGAAUGCCCCAACAAGGCCGGAGAAGGUCCACCUGUUGAUCAUGUGGCAAGACAUCUCCACAGAAGCCUUCAUCAGGAAACUUCACACCUCAAAAAUCUCAAGAAUCGAAGAAAUAAGCAGGUGGAACUAAUCGAAAAAGUGGUGCUGCGAGAGGCAGCCGAGCCCGUUUCUUCUUGAUGCAGACUCUACAAGAUAGCUACGGAGUUCUGAAGCAGCGGAACCUUCGUGGGAUAUCAACACGAAAGAAGAAGGAAGACAGGCUCCGCUGAGGAACCCAAAAUCGACGCUGGCAAAUCGAACGUCGGCCACUUCCAGCCAAUGCUGCCCAUCAGAUCAAACAGAAAACCCGAACUGAAUAAAAAAAAAUACCACACUAACUUAGCAAGACCGACAGAAAUUUGAUCUGAAUUGAAAGGGAUCGCGGGCUUGGUUAAUAUAAUGGAGAUGGGCGGCGAUAACACCAAAAAUCAGAUAACUUCCUCCGAGGGAGAGGCUCCAGAGAGCCAUGAAAAUCUUGGGCAGACGAGUGAGAGGUAAGAGAGAGGAGGACGCCCACGUGAGAGGUAAACAACAGCAUAUGCAGCGGCAGAGGCGGCGGCGGCGGCGGCGGCGGCGUCGGAGGAAGAAGAAGAUGA